AUAAUAUCGCGGAGAAAAUGUCGCGUCGCGAAUUCCGCGGAGAUUUAUUCUGGCAAGUCUAUGGCAGUGAUAAGAACUUGAGACAUUUUUGGGGCAUGUGCACUUUAGCUGCUUUUGGAGCAACUCUUUCCUUCGCAGUUAUUAUUCUAAUUAAAUAUUUAACGGAGCCGAUGUUUACGGUUGUUCAUAUACCGAAAGUCGAUUACACGAUUUUAUUUCCCGCGGUUAUCGCCUGUCCCUCGUCGGAAUACUUGGAUCUCCGUAAUUACACUGAAGAGGAGGCGAAGACCUUGAGAUCGGUUUAUGAUUGGAAUUGGAAGGAGAUAAAAAUUUCUAAAUCACUGAGAAUUACUCCGGAUCUCCAGAAUUUAUUCGAAAUUUCUCUGCCGAACUGUCGAGAGCUGUUCACAAAUUGUGAACAUAUGGGAAAAUCCAUGAACUGUUCAGAGAUGUUCACCACAAUGCAGACAUUCCAAGGAAAAUGUUGUGCCACAAGUCCAGUAGAAGUGACGGCAGAGCAAAAAAACCGCAGCAUAAAAUUCACGCCGAUUUUAAAAAAGCGAAUGAACAUGUACUUCAGGUCUAACUGGUUUUUACCUCGUGGAUCAUCAAUCAACUACAGAUUAAUCCAGAACAUGUCAUUCACAAUAUCGAUGCAGAUAACGACAACAGCAUCGGAAGCUAGUCUGGUAAAUCCAAAACUCCGUGGAUGCAUAUUGCCAGAGGAAGGUGUAGGCCAUUCGGAGUGUCAAUUAAACUGUCAAAGAUCAAUAUUCACGGAUGACCUGGGGUGCAUCCCCUGGUGGAUGACAGGUGAAAAAUCCAUGAGGUGUCGUCUCACCGAGUACAAUAAACUCCUGAAAAAUAUAUCCAGCUUUGACAGAUGCCAUGACAACUGCCCCCUGGAAUGCAACUCCACGUGGUACAAUAUUGACAGGAUUCAUGCACCUUCUGAUGACACCACCUCCGUCUCCAUGAGUCACUGGCCCCUCGUCACCUACGAGAGAAAAGUAAUAUUUGGAAUUCUGGAACUCAUCGUUGCCAUUGGAGGAAUUCUUGGCCUCUUCAUGGGAUAUUCACUUCUCGUUACUGUCGAGCAAAUUUAUUUUUUCACCAUUAGGUCUUAUUGUGGUGCUGUUCUCGCUGAGGAUGAGCCCCACGUCGUCAAUCACGUGGAGGUGAAACCCAGAAAUAAAAAACAUCUCGAGAGUUACAAUUAUGGGAAUUUUUAUAUCGAAUAAUUUUCAUGUGGAAUUCUCGGGGGAAUUCACUGGGAAUUCCAGAUUUUUUCAUUUUUUUUUUAGAAUUCUGGAGGGAA